ACUCGCCCGCCGCCCGCCGCCCGCCGGAGAAGACGCCGCGAGGCCAUGGCGCCGGAGCCGGAGGACGACAUCAUGAGCGAGAAGAACCCUCGCCCGCUCGACGAGGACGACAUCGCGCUCCUCAAGACCUACGGGCUGGGGCCGUACUCCACGAGCAUCAAGAAGGUCGAGAAGGAGAUCAAGGACAAGGCCAAGAAGAUCAAUGAACUUUGCGGGAUAAAAGAGUCUGAUACUGGGCUGGCUCCACCUAGCCAGUGGGAUCUGGUGUCUGACAAACAGAUGAUGCAAGAAGAACAGCCAUUACAAGUGGCAAGGUGUACCAAGAUUAUAAGUCCUAAUACCGAUGAUGCCAAAUAUAUGAUUAAUGUUAAACAAAUUGCAAAGUUUGUGGUUGGAUUGGGGGACAAAGUUUCCCCAACUGAUAUCGAGGAAGGGAUGAGAGUCGGUGUCGAUCGAAACAAGUACCAGAUUCAAAUUCCUUUGCCACCCAAAAUUGACCCAAGUGUUACAAUGAUGACUGUUGAGGAAAAGCCUGAUGUGACAUAUAACGAUGUUGGUGGAUGCAAAGAACAGAUUGAAAAAAUGCGCGAGGUUGUUGAGCUUCCUAUGCUCCACCCAGAAAAGUUUGUAAAACUUGGCAUUGACCCUCCGAAAGGCGUCCUUUGCUAUGGUCCGCCUGGUACUGGCAAGACUCUUCUUGCUAGAGCUGUAGCCAAUCGCACAGAUGCUUGUUUUAUCCGUGUAAUUGGAAGCGAAUUAGUUCAGAAGUAUGUGGGUGAAGGCGCUCGGAUGGUUAGGGAGUUGUUUGAGAUGGCUCGCUCAAAGAAAGCUUGCAUUAUCUUCUUUGAUGAAGUUGACGCUAUUGGUGGAGCUCGCUUUGAUGAUGGGGCUGGGGGAGAUAAUGAGGUUCAGCGUACUAUGCUAGAAAUCGUGAACCAGCUUGAUGGGUUUGAUGCUAGAGGGAAUAUAAAGGUUCUCAUGGCCACUAACAGGCCUGAUACAUUGGACCCUGCACUUCUACGUCCUGGUCGUUUGGACAGAAAGGUUGAAUUUGGCUUGCCUGACUUGGAGGGCCGCACUCAAAUAUUCAAGAUACACACACGCACGAUGAAUUGCGAGCGAGAUAUCCGGUUUGAGCUACUGGCACGACUCUGCCCAAACUCCACUGGUGCUGAUAUAAGAAGCGUCUGCACAGAAGCUGGCAUGUAUGCCAUCCGUGCCCGCAGGAAGACCGUGACAGAAAAGGAUUUCCUCGAGUCGGUGAACAAGGUCAUAAAGGGGUACCAGAAGUUCAGUGCGACCCCGAAAUACAUGGUGUAUAAUUAAGCAAACAGGCUUUCUUUCAUUUCUGUACAUGUUCACAUCCAUGUUGCAACAGUGUGUUGAUUUUCAUAUCCCUUUGUCGCGUUGGUGGUUUGUAGAUGACAUUUCUUUAGCUUUCUGUAAUGCUGGUCAGAAAUACAACUUUUUUUAAACAAAGGAAACACGCUUCUGAAAAUCAGAAUUGCAUA